GAGGAGGCCUGAAUGUUUCAGCACUCCUCACCCCAGGGAGAGUGCUGCUCAAGAAAUGAAACAGCUCUGAGAGUGUUGCAAUCACUAACUAGUGUCUUCCUUUACGCCCCACUGUUCAUUUUCUCAUUUACUGACUUAUCUGCCUACCUACUCCAAACAAGCCGUCCACUUUUUGUGUGGUUGAAGGUCUCUGGAUCUGUCCAUCACUGCAGAAAUUUCUAGGGAGGCUCACCAACAACUUGAAAGAUGGUGAAUGAAUAUAAGAGAAUUGUUCUGCUGAAAGGACUCACACUCAUCAGUGAUCAUCAUUUUCACUUAUUUAAGUCAUUGCUGGCCAAUGAUUUAAAACUGGAGAGAAACAGGCAAGAGAAAUACAUCAGGGUUGAGAUUGCUGACAUGAUGGAAGAUGAAUUCCCAGAUGAUGCUGGAUUGAGCCACCUGAUCAAGUUUUGUGAAAGCUUACCAGCUCUUAGAAAACGUGCUGAAAUUCUUAAAACAGAGAGAUCAAAAGUUAUCGAGGAAACACCACUGGAAAUGAAUAGCCAAGAGGCGGGCCCUGCAACACCUACAUCAACUACAAGCCACAUGUUAGCAUCUCAAAGAGGGGAGACUUCCACAGCUCAGGCAGAGACUUCUACAGCCCAGAAAAGAAAAAGUAUGAGUAAAGAAGAGACUGGAGUGAAAAAGACCAAAGCAUCUAAUGAACCAGAUCAGCCUCCCUGUUCUGAAGAACCCACAGCCACAUGCCAGAACCAAAAAUCACAACCCCAAAAUCUGAACAUUUCUAGAGGUGCUGUUCUCAAAAUGCAACCCCUGACAGUGAUGGUGCUCAAAGCAUCAGACACAUUUGAAUAUGAAUCACCAGAACAAGGAGUACAGAACAUGUUUCACGCUACAGUGGCUACUGUGAACCAGCAUUUCCAUGUGAAAGUUUUCAACAUCGACUUGAAAGAGAAGUUCACAAAAAAUAAUUUCAUCAUCAUUUCCAACUACUUUGAGAGCAAAGGCAUCCUAGAGAUCGGUAAAGAGUCCUCUGUGAAAGAGGCUGCUCCUGCUGAAAAGAUUGAAGUGCCUAACAGUAUUAUCAGAAAAGCGAACGUCAGUCCUAAGAUCUGUGAUAUUCGAAAGGGUGCUGCUGGAGCAGUGUUUUAUGGAUUGUUUACGUUACACAAGAUAAAGGUGAACCCAAAGAACACAAUCUAUGAAAUAAAAGAUGGUUCAGGAAGUAUGGAAGUGGUGGGGAAUGGAAAAUGGUACAACAUCCACUGUAAGGAAGGGGAUAACUUCCGACUCUUCUGCUUUCACCUGAAAACAAUUAACGGGCAACCAAAGUUAGUGUGUGGAGACCACAGUUUCAUCAAGACACGAAGGAGAGGAAUUGUACCAAAGGAGCCUGCUAAGGAAGAAGGUCACCAACAAGGUCCCAAACAAGUGAUGGUGUUGAAAGUAACAGAACCAUUUACAUAUGACACGAAAGAAGAUAAAAAGAUGUUUCAUGCUACAGUGGCUACUGAGACUGAGUUCUUCAGAGUGAAGGUUUUCGACACAGCUCUAAUCAGCAAGUUCAUCCCAAGAAAGAUCAUUGCCAUAUCAGAUUAUUUUGGGUACAAUGGAUUUCUGGAGAUAUACAGCGCUUCCUGUGUGUCUGAUGUGAACGUUAAAUCAACAAUGGUUGUCUCAAAUACACUGAGGCAAAGAGCCAAUGCAACUCCGAAAAUUUCUCAUCUUUUCUCACAAGCAAAGGGAACAUUUGUGAAUGGAGAGUUUGUAGUAGUUAAGAAAACUAAGAGGAAUAAAUUCAUUUACUAUGGAAUUGAAGAUGAUACAGGGAAAAUGGAAGUGGUGGUUUAUGGACGACUCACCAAUAUCAGGUGUGAACCAGGCAAUAAACUUAGACUUGUCUGCUUUGAAUUGACGACCACUGAAGACAGGUGGCAGCUGAGGUCUGUAAGGCACAGCUGCAUGCAGGUAAUCUAGAAAGUGAAGGAAAGCCACUCAACCCAGACUAAGUCAGGAGAACCUCUGUGGAACCACACUUCUGAAAACCUGGAUGCCAAUGAUUCUGUUCGUGGAGAUAAGAAUCAAGUACAGAAAAUAAAUGUGCAUAGGACAGUGGAAACACCAGCCCUAUAAAAUCCAGCCCUUAAUUUUUUAUAUUCCUUACAUAUUUUCUAUUUUCUAAAUUCCAUAUGUUGUCUCUAUAACUUCUAUUGUUGUUGAUUUGUUAUUUUUAUACCUGAAACUUAAAAGAAAAUCCACACAAUUUCUGUAAAGCAGUGUGCCUUUGUGAGUAUCUUCUUACCAUUUGAGAGGUGCUUUAAAAUAAAAAGUUAGUGACCCUCAGAUAAAACUGGAGGAUACAGGCUUCAAAUGUGAUGUCUAAGGACAAAGCAUGUUCAGGAACAAAUAGACUGUGUUUUCUACCCAUGAAAGUCAAGGUAUUAAUAAAAUUCGGGAGAAGGUUGAACUCAGCCUUGAGCAUAGUUUCCAAAACUAAUUUGCUGAGGACAGAAUCAAGUCUUUACACCCUUUAUGCUGAGUAAUGUGAGUGCAUUAUUGAGUUUAGUUAUUUGAAAAAGUUAUUUGAAAAAUCCCCCCAAAUGAGGUUUAUGUGGUGGGGCAUAGUAUUUUCAAUAGUAAAGAAUCCCAUCUUCAAUUCCAGAGUGAAAUAAAAUCGCUGAAAAUCUUUAAGGCAAAAUGAAGAAGGCUAUGAUAAAGGAAAUCAAAUGAAUUAAAUUAUUAUUCUUAGAGAGGCCUUUCUAGAGUGUUGCUUACUCUCUCACUGCCAUGAAGACUUACUUGAUAAAGCAACUGAAGGAACAAUGUGUUUAUUUUUGCCCAUGGUUUAAUGGUAGAGAAGGGUGAGAUGGCCGGGUGUGUACCUGCAGGAGGAAGCAGAGAGAAGUGAGCUCUCAAGUUGAUCUCUCUCUCUCUCUCUCUCUCUCUCUCUCUCUCUCUCUCUCUCUCUCUCUCUCUCUCUCUUUCUCUCUCUCUCUCUCUCUCUCUGUCUCCUUUCUCUCUUUCUCUCUCAUUAAUGUCCUGAACCUAUUGAAUGAUACCACCUACAUUUAUGAUGAGUGUUUGCAAAUUCCUUAACACAGUCUAGAAACUACCUCUUGCACAUGGUAAAAGGAUUCUCAAAAGUGAUUCCAGAUCCUGUCAGGUUUGCAAUCAUGCACAGUCACAUGGGGCAAAGAUGUGAAAUGGAGGUAAAAGCAUAGAUAUGGGUUUGGACAGCAGAAAUAUAAGCAGGAAGAGGCAAGAGGUAAGGAUGAGUGCCUCUCUCAUCUUGUAAAUCCGUGUCUUACCCCCAUUCUAGUGAUACUGCAAUUUUGAGCUUAAUGAAGUGUAUUUAAUUCACAGUCACUUCUCAUCAAUAGAUUCAUGUCACUAGAAUACACAUGUGGAAGGAAAUUCUGCUUGUUUUUUAUGAUGUGUUUUGCUUUAGCUUUGCUCUUCCAGCAUGUGAGGGUGAGGCAUACUAUCGUUUAGCACCUUGGAACACUUUUCUUGUCCUAUAACCACAAUGCACUUUCCAUCCAGAGAUCAUUAUCCACUUCUACUGUGUAUACACAACAUUCUUCAAAUAAUACACGGGAAACCUAUUGGCAAACUGGGCACCCAAGUACAACAGAUGGCAAAUGUGUAUGCUGUGAACCUUGAAAAAUGAUUACUAUCCUGAGAAAUACCUUCAUUAAAACCUUAUUGAUA